AUGCCCGAAGCAGCCUCGGCAAGUGCACCACCGUCGUCGUCUUCAUCUUCCAAUAAGGAGAUUCCUCUUGGUCCUUCUCCUGCUUCCGAACAACCGCAACAAGAAUAUGCUGAGAAAGCAUUAUUAGAUCACUUGUUGGAGCAAAGAAAGAUUCAUAACAAGGCCGGAUUGUCCUUAUCCGUGCUUCCAAUUAUUUUCGCAUUGACUUUUUGUCCCCAUCCAAAGUAUUGGCUCUUUCUUUGUAUCUCAGCGGGGGAAAUUGCUUUUCAAAUAUCAUUGAAUGCCAUUGUUCCGAAUACUCUGAAAGGAUUUGUUUCCACCAACAUUUUACGAAUUGUUGGGAUGAUUCUUGUUCAACUUUUGGUCUACACAAUUUUUGGUCCUUUCUUUCCUUAUCAUGUACUUUCUACAUUUAAAAUUCUCAUCACCACAAAGAAUUUUUGCUUUAAUUUGAAGCUCAUGUUGUUUGCAGGAUUCUCACUGAUUUUUGGAGCUUGUACUGCAAUGAUUAUUUCCUUUCGGAUUUGGAAACACAAUCUGCAUCAAGAGGAAAUCAGUCUCUUUUAUUCAAAGCUAUCAGAAGUGUUUAUUUUACAGUGUGGUGUCACUCUAGGCGCCUAUUUAUUCUCUGACGCUUUGUCCAGAACGAAUCGAGAAUUCACGAGACAACAAGUAGAAAUUACGAAAGAAAAGGUAAAAAGCUCUGAAAAAUCUAAAUUCAUCGCCAAUUUGAGUCAUGAAGCAAGGAAUCCUCUUCAAUGCAUUAUGGGAAGUUUACAAGUGCUACAUCACCAAUUCGAAGGAGAACAGUGUUUACAAAGUUGUAAGCAUUGCUUCCUUAAAAAUGCAUCCAUUUCUGAAACUUUGGAAGAUAUUAAGGAAAAUGCAACGUUGCUCUUGCACAUAUUUUCUUCAUCCUUACAAAUGAGCUCUCUUGAAAUUGGUUCAAUAAUCAUCAAUUCUGAACCGUUUUCAAUUGUAUCUCUGGUGGAUUCAUUGGUGAGUGUUUUUUCACAUCUUGCUCACGAAAAGAAAAUUGUAUUGCAUGCGUUUUGCAAUGUUUCUCAAUUACCGUCAAUAGUAAAAGGGGACUCGAUUAGGAUCAGCCAGAUUUUGAUGAAUCUGAUUUCGAAUGCUAUUAAAUACACAAAACAGGGAUUUGUGAGAGUGAAUUGCUGUGCUGCGACGGAUCAAGAUUUAAAAGAUUGGGAUAAUGAAAGGAUCUCUCAAUCAACUGACCAUUCCUCAGGAACAAUUUUUGUGAAAUUGGAAUGCAUAGAUACGGGGUGCGGUAUUUCGCAGGAUCAACUACAUAGCCUAUUCCAACCCUUUCACAUAAUUGAAAAUCAUGAGGAUGUUCGAUUAGGUUUUGAGCAAUACUUUAUGCAAUCAGGGAAUAUAAACAAAUUGGGCGAUGGAGGAAGCAGUUUAAUAUAUACUAAUAGAAAUGGACUUGGCUUGAGCAUUGCAAAGCUUCUAAUUAACAAAAUGAAUGGGCAUAUUAGUGUUAAAAGUGUUGUCAACAAAGGAACCACCAUGACUAUAAUUUUACCACUAGAAAGAGUCAACGAAGUCGAUGAGCAUACGUUAACUAUUCCCAACAAUCAAGAUGCAGAAAUGAAAAGUGCAAAAACAGUAUGGAUUAUUGACAAGGAUGAAUACUUUAGAGAUGUUUUGAAAUGUUAUCUUAAACUGUUUAACCAAUUCAGCGAGAUAUUAGAGUUUGACAGCAUCCAAAACCUUUCCUCAUUACUCAAGUCAUCAUCUCCUGAUUUUUUAUUUCUUGAGGAGACAGAGUUUGAACAUGUACGAAAUAAGUUUCCCACCCUUAAUUUCGUUCUAACCUGCGAGAGAGGAGCAAGACGACAUUAUUUGGAACAUCGAUAUCUUGCAAAGCCAGUGAGAUUUAAUGAACUUCGAGAGACAUUACUAACGUUGCCGAAUGGUGGGUGUGUUAGUUCCGGAAAAAACAAAGAUGAGGCGAAUCAAGAUGAACACUCUAACAAAGAAUUAAGUCAUAAAUCUGACAUGUCAUUUGAUGAAUAUUCUGUGUUGCUUGCAGAUGAUAAUGAAAUUAACAGAAAAGUACUCGAUAGAAUGAUGAAAAUUAUUGGUUUUAAGGACAUUGAUCUCGCAAAGGACGGUAUGGAAUGCUUUGAGAAAUACAAACAAAAAUCAUAUGAUCUUAUUCUAUUAGAUUGUGUCAUGCCAAUAAUGAGGUAUGUACAGCAUGCGUUUGAAAACGAAAUGAAUUUUUCGAUUUUCAUUAGUGGAAAAGAAGCAUGUGAGAUGAUAAGAAGAGUAGAAAAAAACCAAGGCAACCACAUCAAAACAGCAAAAAUUGUUGCAGUUACAGCAAAUACAUGGGAACAGAAAGAGCAUUUGCUAAAUCAAGGGUUUGAUGAAGUUGCAUAUAAACCCAUUAUCUUAGACAGUUUCAAACAACUACUGGUGAAAGUUCUAAAGAGCCAAUGA